AUGACAAAUGCAACAAAUAAUCAGUUAGUUCCUUUACAAUAUUACCAAUAUGCCUUUGAUACUAAUACAUGGACUGCACCUUCAACAAACAAAAAUGCUUCUGCACCAUUUCCUUAUAAUAGAAAACUGUUUAGUGCAACUUAUGAUGAAACCAAUAAUAAAAUUUAUGUCUAUGGUGGCGCUUUAAAUGAAACUGCCAUCUUUUCUGAUUUAUGGGUUAUGGAUGUCGCUACUCAGCAUUUUACUCCUUUACCCUCUGCCUAUAUACCUCGUUACGGUCAUACUGCCUCUCUUUUAAGUAAUGGACAGCUGGUGAUACUUGGUGGUGUAGCACAAGUAAACAAUAGUGGAGUCAUUGAAAAUAUUUUAGCACCCAUGAAUGAAAUUUACGUCUACGAUACAACUACAAAUAAAUGGGAACUUAAAAAGGCUACAGGUGUACACAAUAUUCUACCUUCAACAAGAACAUCGCACACAGCAGUAGUUACUUCGGACGAUAGAAUUAUUAUUUUUGGUGGUGAUAAUGGUGCUCCUGAAAGACAAAGAGUUUAUUUGAAUGCAAUUGGUAUUUUAGACACAAAGACUUGGACAUGGACAGUACCAACUAUAUCAGGUAUUCCACCUUCUAGACGUUCUUACGCUGCUGGUGGUAUUCUGUCUCCAAAUUAUUUUACUGUCGCUUUUGGUUCUGCACUUAACACUUACUAUAAUGAUAUUAAUGUAUUGGAUAUCAAUUCGCUUUCAUGGCUUCAAACUUUUGAACAGAAAAACGAAUCUUCAAAUUCCAAGCUAUCAGGAGGUGCCAUUGCUGGUGUAACUAUCGCUUGCAUUAUCAUUUUCGUCAUUCUCUUAUUCUUACUCUGGAGAUUUCAAAGUUACUUUCGUUGGCUUAUUAAACGUAUUCAUCGUGACAUUUGGAAGCCACGUACUGGUGAACCUGUUUGGGCAGAAACAGCUCGUAUUAUUUUUCAAAUCUUUUUAUUGUUCAUCUUUUCUCUAUUUCUUGUGUUUGUUAUUCGCCAAGCAAUUAAAAGCCCGAACGUCACUCAAACAAUUGAGGAAUCAGCAGCAGAAGUUCAAGUUCCAGAUAUUCGUUUCUGUUUUGAUGGUUUUCCAAAUUAUCCAGAAACAGAUCCUCGAUCCUUAGGUAUCACCUGUCAAACAGACAAUGGCUACUCAUGUUCCAAAUUCAUUCAACCAUUAAAUAUGUCUGUCUUUCAACCUACCUUUGCUGACAAUUUAGGUGCUGUCAACUGUUUCUUAUUUUUAGCUCCUACCGAUUUUGUUCUUACGUCUACAUCUGGUGCUAAUAAUGGCUCAAGACUCUUGUUUUAUUUCUGGGGGGAUCAAAGUAUCAGUUAUGGUCGUAUUCAUACCUCUGUUUAUCCUAAAUCGAUGGAUCCUAAUGUACUUGUUUAUAACCUCAACAGUCCUGUAGAUACACUGAUGAGAGAAUCUGAUGUGUUGAAUUGGCAAAUUAAUGAGAGAAAUGAUAUCGAAGUGACAAAUGUCUAUACCAUCGAACCUUAUACCUACAGUGCUCUAUCCUAUAAUUUAAUUGAUCAUCGUUAUCUACAACACGUUGGCUGGAACUAUGUUGGCUUCUUGCCCAUUACAAACUCAACCCCUGAGGUCGUUACGAACUUCCGUGAGGAGGCCCCUAAUCCCAACUAUGUCCGUACACACGCAGACUUGGGCCUCAUCACUGUCUUCCCUAGUGCCUUUGUGAAUACGAUCGAACGUGAAAUCAAGGUAUACACAUUAGUCAAUGCGCUUGGCUUUGUGGGUGGUGUCUUUGGUCUACUGGUGGCUAUACAGGCUUGGCUCUUUGGUUAUCGUCCAAGAUCCCCCUGGGGUGUCGUUCAUCGAUGGUCUGUGGGUGAUAUGAAGCGUAGUCUGUUACGUAGCCUUCAUGCAAAAUUCAAAAUUACUGAUUCAGGUAUUCCACUCGUACACCCCGUCCAUCAUCGAUUCAGUAUGACCAACUUGAAUGAUCUCGAUUAUGAUGAGCCUGAGACACAACGUAUCACGCGUGUAGAAGAACGUAUGCAAAUGUUGGAAACUCUUUUCAAGGCCUAUUAUGUAGAUGAUGAAGUCUUUAGAUCAUUAGAUGAUGCUAAUAAAGAUAUUCAUCUUAAGCAGAUGAGCCCAAGGCUUGAUCACAGUCGAUUCCCGCCCUCUCGUUUUCCAACAUCAAAUCCUAGAACAGAAAAGUUAGACGCAUUCGUAAGUAAACCAAAUGAAAGUUUUUCUCAAUUUUCAAGACUUGAUACAGAUACAAGUUCUGUGUCUCAUAUUCCAUUAACACAACAACAGCAACAGCAACAACAACAACAACAGCAGCAGCAGCAGCAGCAGCAGCAACAACAUACACCCUAUAAACCAAAUACAACGGUUCAAUUGAACGAUCUUUAA